GUCAAAAAAAUUUAAAAUAUAUAGAAACAAAUGACAUGGGUAGUUGAUGAUACAUCGCAGACUUAGCAGACUCCUCGUGGGGCUAGGGACAGCCGCGAUGGGGGCAUCCGCGCACGCGAGAAUCCGCGUAAAUGAGUGGAGGAGGUACCGAAGUGUGCUGGUAGUUGGCACCAAGUACGUGGAAAUGGGUGAAAUGCUAAUGAGGAUCCACACAGCUCCCAGUUAUCAGGGCGUAUUUGGGGAUGAAAACAGGGCGGCAUAUCCACGCCUCCGAUUGUGGGAUUGGCGGCCGGCCGAAUGGCGGCCUGAGGGGGUGCGUGGCGUCGCGACGCUUUACUCUCCAACCGGCCAGGCCGGAUCCGUUGGUCGGGCAAUGUUCGCCCCCGUUGGCAAGUGAGUCCCCGAGGAUGGAGCAGCUAACCCAGUUCGUCUCCAAGAGCUUUGACCACGCGAACGCGAAUCGGGAGUCCAUCAGGAAUAAUACACGUACCGCCAAUCUUAUUUGUAGUCCCACUUCUGGUACCAUUACACUUAGUGUUGCUCAUCUUAUUGGUUCCAUUGACAAUGCAUCUUCUACUGACUCCAAUGUCAAACCAGCUCCAGAUCAAUCACCCGACGAUUCAUCAACCGAGGAACGUCAUCACACUGCAUCGCCGGAGUCGCGACUGCAGCCAGAAGAUCUGUCAGUCGCCACAAAGGUCACCAAGGAAUCCGUCAAACAGAAUACCGACACAGUACUACUGCCCCUGAAAACGCCAGAGCUUAAGUUAUCAGUGAGGAAACUGCUGGGGUGCAGUCCGUCGCCGCCGCCAGUGUCACGGGACUUGUCACCGAGUAGUCCAGUCAACGUCCAAGAGGCCAAAGUAUCGUCGCCUCAGCCACUUGACUCGCGGUGUGACAAAACCACCCGGAAAAUCCUCGUUGAGGACAACUCAAAAGGUUCCAACUGUCGUGGUACUGCGAGUACUGGCGGUGGAGGCGGCGGGAAUGGUAAACAGAGAAGAUCGAGAACAAACUUUACUUUAGAACAGUUAGCUGAGUUGGAACGACUUUUCGACGAGACACAUUAUCCUGAUGCAUUUAUGCGAGAAGAAUUGAGCCAAAGAUUAGGCUUGAGCGAAGCACGUGUUCAGGUUUGGUUUCAAAAUCGUCGCGCCAAGUGCCGUAAACAUGAGAGUCAAUUACACAAAGGUGGAAUGGUAUUAGCACCACGAAGUCCACCGACAUCAUUAGAACCAUGUAGAGUAGCGCCUUAUUUACCAGCACUGCGGCUUCAUCCGCCAUCGGUGCAAUCAUCACCGAAUGUCAGUGCAAACACAUCUGCCGCAUCGGCGUUUGAUCCAGCGGUACUUCACUAUGCGGCAGCCGGCGGUCUUUUUUGUUUACCACCUUCUCAUCCCCAAGUACACCCGCUGAGUUUAGCGGCUUCAUUUGCCGCGGCUGCUGCACGCUCCAAGAACAGUAGCAUCGCUGACCUCAGGCUAAAAGCAAGACGACAUCAAGAAGCUCUUGGACUUGAUAGGCCCGCGUAAGACUAAAUUAUCUAUACAAUUUUUUUUGUUCGAUACCAUUAGUUAUUAUUAUUAUCGAUAUUAUGGUAACACGACUAAAUAUCCACGACAAAUUUAAUAUUAUACAUGAAUUUGGCUCUUUUUUCAGAAAUUUUAUGUCUCGUGGAUAAUUUUGACGUGGAAAUUUUGU